CUUCCGUUAGAAAUUUUAAUUCAAGCCACAUGCUCUGAAACUCUUUAUAUCACUUGAUUCCCUGCAAUUGCUGGAAGCCUGGAUCCACUCACUGGAGCUUUUAGUUGACCAACACCUCCAUCUUCCAUUACCAACUCUUAAUUCGCAGAGAUUUCUUCUCUACUCAAUAUUUCAUCCAGAUCUCCGUCCUCUUUUGAGACUCGUUGAGCUACAGUGGUGGCCAAAGUCCCGGCAGGGGGAAAUACUAACAGAUUCUUACUUUGGAGGGAUAUCAAUCAUCGGUGCUUGAAUAUUAUUCUAUUUUUACUUUAUAAGUGGAUUGGUCAUAGUUUUUUCCAAGGAGAAUGAAGGGAAGAGCUGAUGGAGGCCUGAAGAGGUCCUUGGUAUCUUUCUGGUGUUUUCUUUUGCUAGUGUUAGGUUUCUUAUUCAUCUAUCAUGUUGUUCAUCGGGGGCAACAUGCUGGUGCUGCUUUAGAUUAUGGUACCAAAUUUUCAAUGUCAGUAGGUUGGGGUAGCAAUGAUGAUGGAGAUGCUACCCAAACAUAUAAUUAUGUUUUUGAAAAAAAAGAUGGAAAUGAAACUAUCACACCCAAGAGCUUUCCAGUGUGUGAUGAUCGCCACAUGGAGUUGAUUCCUUGCUUGGAUAGAAGCCUAAUUUACCAAACACGGUUGAAGCUAGAUUUGUCCUUGAUGGAGCACUACGAGAGACAUUGCCCACAGUCUGACAGGCGCUUCAAUUGCUUGACCCCCCCACCAUCUGGUUACAAGGUUCCGAUAAAAUGGCCAGAAAGUCGAGAUGAAGUUUGGAAAACAAACAUACCUCACACUCAUCUUGCACAUGAAAAAUCUGAUCAGAACUGGAUGGUUGUGAAAGGCGACAAGAUACAUUUUCCUGGUGGUGGCACCCAUUUUCAUUAUGGAGCUGACAAGUAUAUUGCCUCAAUUGCAGAUAUGCUGAACUUCCCAAAUAGCAAAAUAAACAAUGACGGUAGAUUGAGAACAGCCCUGGACGUUGGUUGUGGAGUUGCAAGCUUUGGAGGAUAUCUUCUCUCUUCUAAUGUUAUAACAAUGUCUUUGGCUCCAAAUGAUGUACAUCAAAACCAGAUUCAAUUUGCUUUAGAGAGAGGAAUCCCUGCCUUCCUGGGUGUUUUAGGGACAUUGAGACUCCCUUUUCCUAGCAGGUCAUUCGAUCUUGCUCAUUGUUCACGUUGCAGGAUUGACUGGCUUCAACGAGAUGGGAUCCUUCUGCUAGAGCUUGAUAGACUUCUUCGGCCAGGAGGUUUUUUUGUUUAUUCAUCACCCGAAGCAUACGCACAGGAUGAAGAGAAUUUGAGAAUAUGGAGUGAAAUGAGCUCACUGAUAGAGCACAUGUGUUGGAAAAUUGCUGCAAAACAAAACCAGACAGUUAUUUGGGCCAAACCUCUAACAAAUGAUUGCUACAUGGAUAGACUGCCAGGUACUAAGCCUCAUUUGUGCAGAUCUGAUGCUGAUCCAGAUGCAGUUUGGGGUGUUCAAAUGAAGGCUUGCAUUAGUCCAUACUCUGAGCAACAUCAUAAAGAUAAUGGUAGUGGCUUGGCUCCAUGGCCUGCUCGACUAACAACCCCUCCCCCAAGGCUUGCUGAUCUUGGUUAUGCUGCAGAAAAUUUUGAAACAGACAUGGAGAUUUGGUCGCAUAGGGUUGAUAAUUAUUGGAAUCAAUUAAACUCUAAAAUAACCUCCAACACUAUAAGAAACGUUAUGGAUAUGAAGUCAAACUUGGGAUCAUUUGCAGCAGCGUUAAGGGAUAAAGAUGUUUGGGUUAUGAAUGUUGUGCCACAUGAUGGACCGAGCACCCUCAAAAUUAUUUAUGAUAGAGGCCUCAUCGGCACUGUGCAUGACUGGUGCGAAUCAUUCUCAAUUUACCCUCGUACUUACGAUCUCCUUCAUGCAUGGACUGUCUUCUCUACCAUUGAGAAGAGGGGUUGCAGUGCUGAGGAUCUGCUCCUUGAGAUGGAUCGCAUUCUUAGGCCAACUGGUUUCGCUAUCAUUCGUGACUCUCGAGCUGUUAUCGAGUUGAUUAAGAAGUACUUGUCUGCACUGCACUGGGAAUUCUUUGCAGUAGUGAAGGCGGAGCCUAACUCAAAACCAGAAGAUGGAGAUGUCAUCCUCUUUAUUCAGAAGAAAUUGUGGCUCUUGAAUGAAAGCCUCUAAAUUUUAAGAUGAAAAAUUUUGAAAAAAUGUUCAUUUAUUCUACCUGAUAUUUUAUUAUUAUUCCUUGUCAAAACAAGAGUUUUGGCUUCAUCAUUUAUUGAAAGAUUUACACACAUACCGCUCAAUUCUUAGGCAUUUACAUGUAUGAUAAGUAAACUUCAAUUCGUGUGUGUGUGUGUACCUUACAUGCAUGAGAAGGUGUAUCUCUUUUUAAAAGUUAAAAU